CUUGGUUAUUCUCCACCCAAUUUGUUGUGUUGUUUCUUUCGUAUCUAAGGAAACUGACGGUAUCUGCACCUUCUGGCCAAUAAUCUUUCAUGAAACAUGUCAUUUUAUUAUGCUGGCUUUAAUACUAGCAUGUUAUUCUCUAAAGAUGGAGACAUAACAUUUGCGGUAGAUUCGUUUACUGAAAUUUCUGGGAUAACCGAUUUUCAAAUUGGUUGGGGAUAUUUUCUCCUUUGGAAGGAAAAAGAGUUAUACAUCAUUAAGAGAACAGACAAAGAUUGUACAGAUUCUAAUAUAAAUAUGCAGUUAAUACAAAUACCGGGAACAAUAACAAAUAGUUGCAAACAAGCUGCAAUUGGUAAAGACAAUAUAAUAAUUUUGUCAAAUGACAAUGAGAUGUGGCAAUAUAAAAUUUAUGAUAAUUCUUGGAAGAAAGUAAUUAAUUUUAUGUCUGUUAGAAGCGAUUCAGAAAGCGAAUAUCCUGUUAAAAUAGUGCAAGAAGGAUGUACAGUAGUUUUAACUAAUCUAGGUAGAGUCUUUAAUGUUCCUACACUAGUCGAAAUGCCAAAAAGGGUUCAAUUUGUAAAUGUUGCUUGUGGAUUUGAUCACACCAUCUUGCUUGCACAAAAUGGUGAUAUUUAUUCUCUGGGAAUGGGAACACGCGGUCAACUAGGACACGGAGAUCUAGAAGACUGUGAUAGUCCUAAACUCAUUGAAGCUUUAGCCGGUAUUAAAGUUACACAUAUUUCAGCUGCAGGCUCUCAUAGCGCAGUAGUAACAGAACAGGGUGAUCUUUAUACUUGGGGAUGGAACACAAAUGGAGAAUUGGGGUUACCCAAUCAAGAAAGUAAAGUGGUAGCUGUACCCACGUUGGUAGAUUUUACCGACGAUCAAAAUAAAAAUGUAGAGACUUUCGUAAAGAAAGUGGAAUGUGGAAAUAACUUCACUAUUUGCAUGAUGGAUGACGGAACACUUUGGGGUAGCGGAUGCAAUAAAUACGGACAGUUAGGGCAACUCCGGGAGAGUCUUCUAAACACUCCUAAAUUCGUUAAACUGAAAGUGCCGUUCGAUUUAAAAAAAAUUGUAAACUUUAAGUGUCGCGAAUGGGGUACAGUAUUAAUAACGAAAUGAGAUAAUUUUUUACGAAUGAUGUGUUAUAAACGGAGAAUAAAGAGAAUAUUUUUUAAGAAGCU